UCUCCUUUGUGACAUUGGUGAUCUUACGACAGCAUCUUUCGCCAAGAGUUACACGAUUAAAGUAGUUAAUGUAGAAAAGAGAAAGAGCUGCCUAAACAAACAAAUGCCAUAUAUAUACAAAAAGAAGAAAAAGAGACCCGGCAACACGUGUAUAUAUGCAAAAAAAUGUGAAGUGAAGUAAAAUUAUGUAACAGUUUCCUCGUAGAUUCCUCUCCUAUAUUGACCUCCCAUCUCUCUUAAACAAACACACAGCGACAUAGCAAAAUACUAAAAAAUGUCAAAGGACAAAGUUUCCGGUGAUCCAAGACGCGCAGUGUGCACAGGCAUCACCAUCUUCCUCCUCUUAGCCGGCGUCACUCUCCUAGUCCUCUGGCUGGUCUACCGUCCCCACAAGCCGCGCUUCACAGUAAUCGGCGCCGCCGUCUACGACCUAAACACCACCACCCCACCGCUGAUGUCGACCACCGUGCAGUUCUCCGUCCUCAUAAAGAACCCGAACAGGCGUGUCUCCAUUUACUACGACAGGUUCUCCGCCUUUGUCUCGUACAGGAACCAGGCCAUAACGCCGCAGGUUCUGCUGCCGCCUCUGCACCAGGAGAAGCGAAGCUCGGUGUCGGUGUCGCCGGUGAUGGGAGGCACGGCGCUUCCGGUGUCGGUGGAGGUGUCUGACGGGCUGGCGGUGGACGAGGCUUAUGGGUUGGUGGGUCUGAGGCUGAUAUUUGAGGGCAGAGUGAGGUGGAAGGCCGGGGCCAUCAAAACUGCGCACUAUGGACUGUACGUUAAGUGCGAUGUUUUGAUGGGUUUGAAGAAAGGGUUGGUGGGUCAAGUUCCUCUCCUGGGAGUUACACCCUGCCAUGUCCAUCUAUGAUUAUCAUUUAUAUAAUAUCUGGUUUUGUUUCUGUCUGUAAUAAUGUUAUAUAUUGUGAGUUUGCAUUUGGCCACUGGGGUGUACGUGGAGUCCAUGCUUGUGAGUUUGAACGCAGGGUGUAAGGCAUCGUCCACAAAUUUCUAUGCUUUUGUUCUAUCCCUUUUUCACUCCUUUCUUGAUAUAUAUUUAUUUACAAGGGAAAAAGAAACUGUAACUUAUUUGUA